UGUGUGCCUGCGUGCCUGCGUGCGUGCGUGCGCGUGCGUGCGCUGAGUGUGUUCGUGCGGUGCUUACAGACAGUCUUAUGCAAGACGCCCAACACAGAGCCACGAUGUCCGACGCUACUGCUCCAGUAGACAACAACGGAGAGCCUGGGUUAAACGGGUCAUGGGUAGAGCUGGAGAUGAACAAAAAUGCCACAUCUCUCUCUUCCUCCGCUGCCUCAGUGCCGCCCCCUUUAGCCCAGAUAGUAGAGGAGGAUGAUGGGAUGGUGGGGGGGCUGGAACAUGUUCCCUCGUCAUCUUCAAUCCACAAUGGAGACAUGGAAAAAAUCCUGCUAGAUGCCCAGCAUGAAUCCAGCCGCAGUAACUCCUCAUGCGACAGCCCUCCUCGACCUCCCAGUCCUCAGGAUGAAGGCCAGAUCAUUUUUGACGUGGACAUGAGGAGGGACAGUCAGGAGGAAGUCAUGGAGGAGAUCAGAGACGAUGAUAUCUUGAUGAAGGAUUCAGACUGGGUCGCAGACUGGUCAAGUAGACCUGAGAAUAUUCCGCCCAAGGAGUUUCAUUUCCGGCACCCGCGGCGUUCUGUGACUCUCAGUAUGAGGAAGUCUGGAGCCAUGAAGAAAGGAGGCAUCUUCUCUGCCGAGUUCCUCAAAGUGUUUAUCCCCUCGCUGCUUCUGUCCCACAUCCUGGUCCUGGGUCUCGGGGUCUAUAUUGGGAAAAGGCUGACAACUCCCCCUGCAAGCUCCAUUUGAACACGGAUCCGAUCAAGUGCCUCAAGCAUGGCCCAGGUGGAUCAGGGAGAACGUUGCAGUUUGUACGAAGAAGCUCCCUGCUGCCCAUUUCUACCCCUUUUAGUCUUUUCUGCAACAUUUCUCCCAUUUUGUUUUUAUAAGUAAUUCCUUAAAGUAGCCUUUCCAUUUUGGGAAGUGAAGUGAUAAACUUCUCCUCAGUUAAGGCCCUUUUCUUUCAUGUUUCCAUUGUCUGUAUCUAUUUUCCAGUUUUGAAUGUCCUAACACCCCCUUUGUACUACUAUUUCAUUUUGGAAGUAUUUGGAGCAUUGCAUGAAACCAAAUGCACACAUGCUAGCUCCACACUAGCUCGAUUCAGCUAGGAGGCAAAAAACAUCCCCGUUUUGGUCCAAUCACACGACCAAAAAGCUGAUAAAGAAUCUCCCCUAGUUUUUCCCUCAAAAUAGAAUCAACCAAAAUAUUUAAGUUAUACGAGCAAGCCUAAGCGCUAGCUAAGAUUUUAUUUAUUUCUACAAAUGCUACCAAUUUAGUUAUUUUAUUGACUUCAAGAGCGGAACGCCAGGAUGAUGGACUUGGAAGUGUUUUGGGAAGGAUAGGGCUCUGCGUAGACCCCAAACACGUUUGGUGAGGAUGGAAAAUGUAAUAACUCGGACAUUAUAUGUUUAUGACUGAAUCACAUGCAAUUUUAUACCAAGUUUUGCAUAAUCUUUUACACAACCCUGACAGAGACAACACCUGUUUCUCUUUAUAUAUAUAUAUAUAUAUAUAUAUCAUCUCAUGAGCAUAGAUUAAAAACCAGUCUGAUGGGGCUGACGGAUCUCUGUAUGAAAAAAAAAGUUCUUGUUUUAUCUGUUUCUCUGUGAUUGUUGUGUUGUGUUUUGUUAGUUUCCUUCACAUACAUAUCAGGACCUAGUGAUUUCUUACUAGGCAUAGCCUACUUUGCAAUACUGCACUAUUUACCAUUAACAUUCAGAGCUGAGAGAAUCUGGCUUCGGUGUUUUAUCAUGCCAUCGUAGCUGUGUCAGACUUUCUGGAAUUUUGUUGUACACUCUCAAACUUCUCAUCUCGUACUGAUUUAUUGCAUUUUCAAUUUCUAGGAAAGUGGGAAGCUUUGAACAACAACUGUGCUGCUCUUUUCCAUACAGCUGAAGCUAAUAGAGAUAAACUGGAAAAGAGCAGCUUGGGCAUCUUUCAAAAUAUCUCCAAAAGUGUGAGUAAUGAAGGCAGAAUUUGAAUUAUUGUGUGAGAUACUAUUCAAACACACUUACACAGUAACAGUCACACACAUUUAGUGAACACUAACACUCCAGCACCACAGGUAACUAUGCUAUCCUGGACAUGAACAUCCAUCUUUGGGAACAGGGUUUCAUUUAGGGUGAAUUAUCUUUAAGUCCAGCUGUGUUUUUGUCUCUUUGUAAGUGUAUUUUGGAUGCGUGCACACGUUCCUUUGGUCUAUCUGAGGAUCUAUACUUCUCCUCGCACACAGCUGCCAAAACCAACUGAGAGCUCAACUCUUAUGAACUUUGUGCCUCGUUUCCUUCAUCAUGUUUGAUACGGCGUCCUGUUGUCAUUUCCUGUCAUCAUGUGCGUGUUUUGUGCCACAAGCUCGUUCUUUUUGUUGUUCUGCGCCAUCUUGGUGAACAUGAGUUUUAGAUGGUUUCUCUUAUGCUUUGGAUUUUUUUUUAAAGUCUUGAACAAUCAAGGCAGACUAGAAGAGAAGGUACAUGAUAGUUAAAGGUUUUAGUUUUUUCUUUCUCACAAAGACAACUCCUUUGUGGAGAUACUUUACUUUAGACUUAAAUGCGAUGAUUGCAUUAAUUGUAAGUUUAUUGAUUUGACAGACCUUUUUUUUCCUCCCCUGUUGGACAAUGAGAAAAGUUUUCAAAUUAAAAUCUUAAAGAACAA